AUGGUAGAAAAGAGAAAAUCAUCAAAUCAAACUAAUAAUGUAUCCUCUACUUCUUUUAAAAAGAAGAAAGAAGAGAUUGAGGAUACAAUCUUAUCAAUGGGAGAUGAUGAUGAUUAUUUAGAUGAUGGAGAAGAUAAUGGUUCAGAAGAUGAAUCGGGAUCUGAAAACUUUGAAGAUUACGUAGAUGAUGGUGAUGAAGAGUUGGAUGACAGUGAGGCUGUUGUAGGAACACCAUUAUCACAAAAGAUGGCAGAUAUUGAAGACGAAGAUGAAGAGAGAGAGAAUGUUAACCUUCGUGUUAAAAAGGGUGUCGAUAGUUUAGAAAAGACUGCUGCACCAACCACCGAAGAAAUGCAAGAGUACAAUGAAACUGCUCAACUCUUCAACUCUAAUCUUUUCCGUUUACAAGUCAUUGAAUUCUUUAAAGAGAUCAAGAUCAACUAUACCAAAACUACUUCACUCGAAUCUGCUCUCUUUCAAUUAAAAUCAAUCUUUGAUUCAAUUCAACCACAUCAAGUAAAAUCAAAUCAAUGUUCAAAUCAAGUAAAGAUAUUUGGAGAUCAAACGAUUACAGUUACAAAACCAUCAUCUGUCGAUUUGGUUGGUAGUUAUAUGUUGAAAUCAACGAUCAAGAGUAACCCAAAUGUCGAUGUAUCUGUUGAAAUUCCAAGUUCGAUUGUUGGAGAGGAAGAUAUCUAUGAAUACAAAUAUUUCACCAAACGUAACAUCUAUCUUUGGGCAUUGGCCAAAGAAGUGGCCAAGAAUGAACGAUUCUCAGACAUUGAAUUCCAAAAUUGGAAUGGCGAUUCAAACAAGCAAAUGUUUAUCAUUCGUCCAAAGGCUGACCCAAAGACUGGUGCCAUUACCAGAUUCCAAAUCAGAGUUUUCAUUUCACUUGACAAGAAUUUUGUUCCACUCUCCAAAUUAAGUCCAAUCUCUUUUAAUCUUUCAAAAACAUCGGUCGAAGAUCAAAAAAAGAAAAAGAAUUUACAACAAUCAACCACUCAAGAUACCCUAUUCACAUUAAACGAUCAAGAUUUAUUACAAGAUCAAAUUGAUCCUUUAGAUUUAAAGUUUGGUAAUCCAAAUAAUUCUAAAAAUUUAUUAAAGUUUAACCAAAUUAAAAGAUCAUCAUAUUAUAAUAAUUCAAUUUUAGAAGAUAUGAUGUAUUUUGAACAUAUGGAAUUAUUACAUGAUAGAAUCAAAAAUGCACCAGUAUUGAUUGAUGCCAUUCAAUUGAUCAAAUCAUGGUUGAUUGUUAAAAAGGUGUCGACUAUAAACUCUUUCCAAUUGUCAAUGUUGGUUGCCUAUCUCUAUGACCAAGGAAAGGUCAACAAGAACAUGUCAUCCUAUCAAAUAUUCAGAAUGGUGUUGGUUUCGAUUGUCGAGAAAUUCGUUUCUGUCAACCGUGACGCAAAGCCAUGUGGCCCGAUGUUUUUCAAGGCCAGUGGAUCACAAGCACCAGUAUUUGGAUUGCACUAUAGCUCUUUCCGUAGACUCUAUCCAAUGGCUCUUAUCGAUGCCAGUGGUUAUUUAAAUAUCACAUCUCGUGUCACCAGUUGGGCUUUGGAAGAGCUUGCACAAGAGGCCAGAAAAUCUUUGGUCUUGUUGGACAGUGGCGACGGAUUUGACGAAAUCUUUUUGCAACAGGGUUCACCAUCGCUCCGUUACGACUAUCUCUUGAGUAUCCCACUCAAGGGGUGUCAGUUGGAGAUGCCAUCCAAGGACUACUACAGUCAAGAGUUGUACUGCAGCCAUUACAUCUACCGUCUUUUAUGCGCUACUCUUACCAACCGUAUCCGCUCCAUCACCGUCGUUCAAGACCAACUUGAGGGAUGGGCUGUCGAUCAGCCACGUCCAGAUGCCUUUGCCAACCGUACCAUCCACUGCGGUAUCGAGCUCGACAUUAACCAAUGGCAACGUCUCAUUGACAAGGGCCCAUCGGGCGACCAUGUUGACUCGGAUGCCUUCCAAGCCAAGUGGGGCAAGCUCUCACAGUUGCGUCGUUUCAAGGACGGCACUAUUGUGCACGCCGUAGUCUGGAACCCCCCAGGAGGCCGUCGUCACAUGAUCAUCGAGAUGAUUGCCAAGUACAUCCUCUCGACACGUCUCUCUAUCCAAAGUGACUCGGUCUCUGCCAACAUCUCCAUGUUUGACCGUAUCCUCCAAGCUCCCACCAUGACCUUUGACGCACAAGCCUUGAUCGUUGCCAAGGAAACCAUCAUCACCGCCGUCGACCAACUCGACCUGCCACUCAAGAUCAAUGGGUACUAUCCCAUCGGACCAGCACUCCGUUACACCUCUGUCGAAGUUGUCAACGACCCACAAUACAUCAACAAUCAACCCAUUGAAAUAUUGUUGCAAUUUGAAAACAAUCCAAACUGGUCAUCGGACAUUAAAACGAUCGAGCUUCUCAAGACUGCUUUCAUGCUAAAGAUUGCCCGCGAGUUGGAGCAAUACCAACCACGUCUCUCUACACAACAAUACGUCGACGUUCAAUACCAAGGAUUCCUUUUCCGUCUCAUUCCAUACUACCCAAGAGAAUUGGACUUUUUGGGAUCCGAGCACCAAGACGUUCGUCAAGCAAUCCUCCUCCACCAAAACGGUCUCCAACACCACAGUUUUAUCCAAACUCUUGCCAACCAACAACCAGCCUUCUCCACAGCCACCCGUCUUGCCCAACGUUGGUGCUACUCGAACCUCUUUAGUGACGAUAUUUCAAUAGAGACGAUCGAGCUCUUGAUGGCCAGCAUCUUCAAGUCCACCUCUACCCCUCCACCAACCACUCCCAUCCUUGGUUUUAUCAAGUUCCUUCGUUUAAUCUCCACCUAUGAAUGGAGCGAGCGUCCACUCAUUGUCGACUACCAACAAGAUAUCUCGCUUUCCGACACACAAUCCAUCCAAGAAAUAUUUGACAAUCAGAAAAAGGCAAACAACCUUCCACUCUUUUUCAUCGCCACUCACAAGGAUCGUGCCAGUAUUUGGUUCAAGUCUCUCAAUUCACGCGACACUCAUGUCAGAGAUCGUUUAAUCAAAUGCGCCAAACAAUCGUUUGCUAGUUUAAAUCAAUUGAAUCUCACAGAUCAAUUGGAUAUGAACGCAAUUUUUAAUACUCCCCAAUUGGAUUUCGAUCUAAAGAUCAUGUUGAAUGCAAACUUUAUCACAAAUUUCAAUGGUUCAAUUAAUAAUUUAUUGAUUGAAAAGAAGGAAAAUGAAAAGGAAAAUGAAAAGACAAAGGAACAAGAAAAUAGUCAAACAACUGUCAAUGGAAAUGAAAAGACUGCUGUUGUCAAAACAUUAUUAUCCAAAUAUUCAAAUUUCAAUAGUAAAUCAAAAUCAACAAACGCUGCCACCACGAAAAAAGAAAUCAUUGUAGGACAUAAUUUAAUCAAAUUGUUUGUCGAUAGAUUAAGAUCCGAUCCAUCAUUAUCAUGCCACUGCCAAUUUUAUUACGACAAGAUUGGUGGUGAUGCCAUCCAUGUAGUAUUUAAUCCAAAGAGUUGGACUCCAUUGGCCUUUAGACCACUCAGAUCGGUCAUGGCUCUCCCAAUUGACGCAACCAACUCUAGCAAUCUUGUCAUUCCAAAUCUUUAUGAAAUCAUUGCUCAUAUUACUGAUUUGGGUGGUAAGCUCAUCAACCAAGUAAAAUUAAAUCCUUCUAGUACCAUUUUAAAAUCAUUUGAUUUUAAAUAA